UGACGUUUCAAACACUGCUCGUCACUGCAGAAGGGACAUGGCGGAGUUGUUGAAGAACGUCUGUGAAAAAUACAAACGGAAUGUUCGUGAAAAUCCUGACACGGUGGGUCAGGUUGAGACGACAUUCCGUUUGUUAUCGUAUGUAAUUGCAGGUCGACUGCGCAAUGCCCAGGUUCUGUCCGAGCUGAUGUACACGUCUUCCAACUUGCUGGUGUUUCUCAACGAUGCCAUACUCAAACAAACAGCCAAGAUUAUUCCCAAAGUGAGUGUGUCUCAAGAGCGUCUCGGGCAGCUGUUGACGGUGUUGGAGUAUGUCGAGGUCUUUGUUGAGGUCGCUGCCAACAAACUUUGGGGGGAAGCAGGGAAGUGGAUCGUCAUAGCAACCAUUCAGAUAUGCAAAGCCACAUUGCGUUUCUACUUACUGGCCACCUACAAACAUGGCAUCCAGCCCACGCCGCCGAUAGCGCCACUGGAUCGCCAACUUGUCUCCAAGAAGAACAAGGACACAGAACAGGAAGAUUCCGCACACGGAGAAGCUGGAUACAAAAACGGAUUUAGUGCUCCCAUGACCUUCACCUUGAAACGGUCUGGAAAAGUCAUGAGGAAAAUAUCAGCUGCCCCUCCCCUGGGGAUGCGGAACUGGUCCGUCCCCACCCAGUCAGGGACAGACUCCCGGGGUGGGAAGAGAGAGGAUCUUGCCCCGACUCCCUUGUCACGCCAGAGAGUGUGGGCUGAGACAGUGCACAUUGUCAAGCCUCUUGUCCAUCUGGCUAGUCUGUACGGCUUUGGCUUGUCGUCAUGGAAACCUUGGCUCAUCUCAUGUGGGAUGGACAUAUCGAGUUUGACGAUGAUGGGAGACCCAGCUGACUUGAACCAGAAUGAGAAGAGUGAACUACGCCGGAGGACGUUCAUGCUGCUCUACUACCUUCUGAGGUCUCCCUUCUACGACAGAUACUCACAAGCUAAGAUAAUAUUCCUGAUGAAGAUCCUGGCAGAUAACAUUCCUGGCACCUCCCUGCUCAUCAGACCACUUUUGGCGUACCUUCCUACGUGGCAGAGGGUGUACUUCUACGUGUGGUCAGCAUGAACUACUGACCACUGACUGACCACUGACUGACCAAGUCCCACCGGACCUUGCACAAACAUGUUGACUGUAAAUAUAUCUUGUCCUUGUUAUCCUGACCCAUUGAUUUGGUCCAGAUAUAUAGUGAAGUGCAACACUCUAACAAAUUGGCUUUUGCUCAAAUUGUUAACAUUUCGUGAAAUUGAAACAUCUGUAUUUUCAUGUAUAUUGAGUUGUCUCCCUUAGCUGCCCGGGUCAGUUGGCCAUGGGUUUGAAUCCCAUAUUCUCCAGUUGUGAUCUGGGUGUGUCGACACCAUACUCAAAAUGGUAGAUGUCUUUGACCAUCACUAGAUGACUCAUUAAACAGGGGCAACUCGACACACAUCACAUGUAUAGCGCCUGAUUUAUUCGAUCAGGGUUGCACAGUCGUCUGAGACACCACAAUUCAGUGUGCAGAGUUGCAUCCCUGAGGCAAACCAAGCAAUCAUGGGUUUGAAUCCUAUACCCGCCCUGAUUAUGUUUCUAGGUUUGUCAGCACCAUAUCCUUGCUCAUGGAUUUCACCGAAGUCGUA